UCGCUCGCCGCCAAACAUAUGAAAGUGUAUCAAUUUUACAAAGUGCUCCUUGUAGAGCACAAGUGCAAGCCACGUGUUUUGCGAAUACGAAAGUGAAACUAAGAUUGAGUUUAUAGUUGUUACAAUAGUUUAACGUAACCCCGUAUCGAUGGACGUGAUUAUUUCAUUAUUAAUUUUAAGUCUGGUGUAUGUGCCUUUAAUCAUUGCUGUGGACCCUGAAACUAAUGAAAACAAAGGUCCGGUUGAUAAUCAACCAUUUAAAAACGAUGACCCCGACGAAUUACUAUGUAUCCUUCAAUAUACCUUGGCGCUGCCAAAUUGUGUGUGUAAACGGCAGCAACAAAAGUUCCGUCAAACAGUCAGGCGCCUAUUUAAGAAGCGGAGAGCUGAACAAAUACAAGCUGUAAAGGGCUUACUCACAAUGGAUAGCUAUGAAAAACAAUACAGAAUGAUUUCUGUAAUUGUCGAUAAGUUAUUCAAUGUAAUUCAGAACAGCCGUGUCACACUGGAAAGUUCUGGUUAUGUCCCUGGACUUAGCAGUUUUCCCAAGAAUGAGGAACUGCUUAAUGCUCUGGCCAACAUCCUGGAAAAUACAGCACUGUUUGGAGAUAUUUUACUUCAUCUUCCAGAAAUUUCUACGAAGAUUCUUGACUCCAAUAAUGAAUGGCGUGUUAUGUUCGAAUGGAGCUUGAAUUUUGCAAAUCAGUCACAACUGUUAGACAGUAGUACCAGAAAGCUUAUUGAUCUUGUCAGUAUGGAACUUAAUAUAACUGAGCGCCAUCCUGAUUACAUUAACCCUUACAGGAGGGAAAGUCGUUCAUCAAACACAGAAGAAUAUGUUUCACAGGUUCCAGCUAAGAGGAAGAAGAAAAAGAAAGAAAUAAAGAGAGGCCCACGUUUAACAGGCGAAUUGUGAUAGUGCCUUCGACACUGCAUAAGGGUAACUUUUAAGGUGGACCAUGUAAUAAAACUUGAAGAAUUUUCAUUGUAACUCUCUUUGGAGAUAUAGAAGAAGAGAAAUUAAAUUACUGAUAUGUGAA